GUUCUUGUAUGAAUGAGCCGCAAGUGUGGAGUUCGUUGGUGUGCUUUUAUGGGUAUCGUAAUUUGAUCUUUUAUAUGUUUUAGCUGUUAAAAAUUCUUGGUUGGUUUUAUGCUGUAAACCGCCUAGAUACUUCGGUAGUGAGCAGUAUACAAAUUUGUUAAAUAAACAAUAAGUGAAUCAGUAAUAAAUAAAAAUGCUGGUGGCUUUAUAUUUCUCAGCGGAGCUGCUUUGAAAUGACAAAAUCAGAUUCCCCCCCUCCCCCCUGGCUUGUUUUGUGUGUGUGUGUGUGUGUGUGUGUGUUCCGUAAGGUUUUACGUCACUGAGAUGUUCUGAAGUCAGGGGUCCAUGUUAUAUUUCAUUGUGCUGAGAUGUUUGUGGAAGAAGGCAAAAGUAAAACAAAAACCACCCUGAAAUAUGCCCUUGAGAAAUUUUAACUUCUGAUUGAAUCUCCAUAUUGUAAAAUGAAAGGCGCUAGAUAAAAUGUCGAUAGCAAGGUUGGGAGCCAUCCUGUUCCCUUUCCCUAUAUCCUAUGUGUUGCUGGUUCUGGGUUCCUCGCCCACACUCUCUGGGGUCUUUUUCAGGCUGCAAAACUAGUCAAUUUCCUGCACUGACAGUUCUCAAGAUUUCAUGGUGGAAAUGGCAGCCAAGGCCUCUUAAUGGGAUAGAAAAGAAUUUUUUUUUAAAAGCUGUGCCCUCAUGCCCCCCACCCACCCACCGCCCUAACUAGUGGGAAGAUCAACAAGCCUCCCAAGGACGUGCAUCUGCCCUUAAGCGGCUGAAAGCUGGGAGGAAGAAGCAAGAGCAGUAGCAGCAGCAGUGGCAGCGAUGGCGCGACUGGUGGCAGUUUGCAGAGACGGAGAGGAGGAAUUUCCCUUUGAGAAGCGGCAGAUCCCCCUCUUCAUAGAUGACACGCUUACGAUGGUGAUGGAGUUCCCGGACAAUGUGCUGAACCUUGAUGGACAUCAGAACAACGGAGCCCAGUUGAAGCAGUUCAUCCAGCGGCACGGCAUGCUCAAGCAGCAGGAUCUGAGCUAUGCCAUGAUGGUGACGUCGCGUGAGGCCUUGAGUGCCCUUUCUCAGCUUGUCCCAUGUGUUGGCUGUCGCCGCAGCGUGGAGCGCCUGUUCUCACAGCUGGUCGAGUCGGGCAACCCCGCCCUGGAGCCCCUCACGGUCGGGGCGAAGGGAUUCCUCUCCGUGACUCGGAGCUGCAUGAUGGAUGCCAAGAAGCUUUAUACCCUCUUCUACGUGCACGGGUCCAAGUUAAACGAAAUGAUCGAGGCAAUUCCGAAGAGUAAGAAGAACAAAAGAUGCCAGCUGCACUCCCUGGACACGCACAAGCCCAAACCCCUGGGUGAAGGGAACGCUAGCGCCCCGAGUGCAGAGAAGUUAGGUGCAGAUAAGAGGAGUAGUGACGACGACAGGAAGGAGAACAGGUGUAGGAUCACUUUCUGCUGCGGACCUUUCCAGGGAGCGGCCAGCAGGGGUUGCUGGAUGGACGUGUGGGAGCUCAUGUCCCAGGAGUGCCGGGAUGAAGUCGUGCUCAUCGAUUCCAGCUGUCUCCUAGAAACCUUAGAAACCUAUCUCCGGAAACACCGGUUUUGCACAGACUGCAAGAACAAAGUGCUCCGGGCGUACACCAUCCUGAUUGGCGAGCUGGACUGCAGCAAGGAGCGGGGCUACUGCGCUGCCCUGUACGAGGGUCUGCGCUGCUGCCCCCACGAGCGCCACAUCCACGUCUGCUGCGAGACGGACUUCAUCGCGCACCUCCUGGGCCGGGCCGAGCCAGAGUUCGCCGGAGGGUAUGAGCGAAGAGAGAGGCACGCCAAGACCAUUGACAUCGCCCAAGAGGAGGUGCUCACCUGCCUGGGCAUCCACCUGUACGAACGGCUGCACCGCAUCUGGCAGAAGCUGCGGGCCGAGGAGCAGACCUGGCAGAUGCUCUUCUACCUGGGGGUCGAUGCUCUGCGGAAAAGCUUUGAGGUGGCUGUGGAGAAGGUCCAGGGCAUCAGCCGGCUGGAGCAGCUCUGUGAGGAGUUCUCUGAAGAGGAGCGGGUGCGAGAGCUCAAGCAGGAGAAGAAGCGCCAGAAGCGCAAGAACCGGCGGAAAAACAAGUGUGCUUGCGAGGCGCCGGCUCCCUUGCAAGUGGCCGAGGAGGAGGAGGAGAUGAGCCAGGGCAAGGAAAACUUCUUGGCCAUCAGCUGCAAAGCCUGUGGCAGCGCCGAAGAGAGCGGCCGCUGCCGGGAGCCCCUGGUGGCCCACGACAGCUCCCGCUGCACCUGUCCCGCGGGCGGCACUCUGCCAGGGUCACCGAAGGUCAAGAAAGGCUUAUCUGCACACUGUAACGGCAGCGACUGUGGCUACUCUUCCAGCAUGGAGGGCAGCGAGACGGGCUCUCGCGAGGGCUCGGAUGUGGCCUGCACUGAGGGCAUCUGCAACCACGAUGAGCACGGCGAUGACACCUGCCUCCAUCGCUGUGACGACAAGGAGGAGGAGGAGGAGGAGGAAGAAGAGGACAGCUGUGUGGAGUGCUGGGCCAACUCGGAAGACAGCAGCGUCAAAGGCAAGAGCAAGAAGAAGAGGAAGAAAAGCAAGAAGGGCUGCGAGGUGGAGCACCUCCCCAAACUGGGCCCUUGUGUGGUGGACGCCAGUCAUCGCGAGAGCCCCGGCCACCCCACGCAUCCCGAGUUCCACCCGCAGGACAAGACCAAAGAGCCGACACUGCCCGCCGAGAUGCUGUGCUGUCGGGCAGAAAAGGGCGGCCAGCCGGUGCCUUGGCUGGAGCGCAGGAAGACGGCCGCCCUGCUGUGUGCCGAGCCUCCCGAAGCAGCCUCUGCUCCCGAUGCUGGGAAGGGGGCCAAGAGCUUGGUGGAACUCCUUGAUGAAUCCGAGUGCAUUUCUGACGAGGACAUCUUCAUCUCGCAAGACGAGAUCCAGUCCUUCAUGGCGAACAACCAGUCUUUCUACAGCAAUAGAGAACAGUACCGGCAGCAUCUGAAGGAGAAGUUUAACAAAUACUGCCGCUUGAACGACCACAAGGGGCCUCUGUGCAGAGGGUGGCUCACGACCGCCGGGGCCAACUGAACCCAAUAAAACUUGCUCUGUCUUUCGAGGAAACUCUCUGGAUAUGACUACUGCGCCUUUUCUCCUUUCCUGAACACUUUCUUUAGUGACUUAACAGAAACCCUCUCUUUUAAAAUCAAUGUGGCUCUCCCCCCCGCCCCCCCUUUAUUUCUUUCUUUCUCUUUUCCCCCCCGAGCAGGAGGCUGGUGAAGGAGGCACCUUUUUAAUUUUGAUAUAUAUUUUGUUUUCCCUUUGGGGCUUGGAUCUUUAGUUUAUACUAGAUGGGGCAAGCCUAGACCUUCAUAAUUUAAGCCAUCUCUGUCUCUUUCUCUCUGUCUCUCCUUCCAUUUAAUGUUUUCUCUUAACUGUGACACUUAACAAACAACAAAAAAAAGCAACUUAGUGGCAAAAGUAAUGUUGUACUUCUAAUUCUGUACAGAAAUUACGAGCUCAAUAUAAAGAUUUUACAAAGUAGACAUCCAUUUGCAAAAAUGUUCUGGAUGUGAUAUGUUGAAGCUCAAUGUGCAAAAUUAAAAAAUAAAGAAUAUUUAUUAAUAUG